GCGCAUGCGCGAGUGUCAAAUGGCACAAGCUACAGGAAGUGCAGCUGUUAAACUAAUCCCAGAAGGUGACAUGGAGAGGUGACGUGUCAUCAGAGUGAUCAGCCAAUAGCAGGGCAGCGCAGAGAUGACGGAGUGCUUCCUGCCACCCACUAGCAGCCCUGUGGAGCAAAGGAGGGCGGAGCAUCCUGGGGGCGUGGCUCGAACCCCGAGCUCAGAAGAGAUCAGCCCCACCAAAUUCCCAGGACUGUAUCGUACGGGCGACCCCUCUCCUCCACACGACGGACACCACCAUGAGCCUCCCGACGCUGUGUCCGAUGACGAGAAGGAACACAAUAAGAAGAAGAAUAAGUUUAAGAAGAAGGAGAAACGAACCGAGGGAUACGCUGCGUUCCAGGAGGACAGUUCUGCCGAUGAGGCUGAGAGUCCAUCCAAGAUGAAGCGUUCCAAGGGAAUCCACGUUUUCAAGAAGCCCAGUUUCUCCAAGAAGAAAGAGAAGGAAUUCAAAGUGAAGGAGAAGGGGCCUAAAGAGGAGAAGGUCAAGGACAAGGACAAGAAGUCUAAAGACCUGACUGCAGCAGAUGUAGUCAAACAGUGGAAAGAGAAGAAAAAGAAGAAAAAGCCCAGCUCUGAGCCUGAACCUGUCAUCAUGGAGGCUGCAGUGAUGUUGCGGCCAAUCUUCGGGGCCCCUUUAGCAGAAGCGGUGAGGAGAACAGCACUGUAUGACGGGAUUCAGCUCCCAGCCAUCUUCAGAGAGUGUGUGGACUACAUCGAGAGCUACGGCAUGAAAUGUGAAGGCAUUUAUCGUGUCUCUGGUAUGAAGUCUAAAGUGGACGAGCUGAAAGCAGCAUAUGAUCGUGAGGAGUGUCCGUGUUUGGAGGAGUACGAUCCUCACACGGUGGCCAGCCUGCUGAAACAGUACCUGCGAGAGCUGCCCGAUAACCUGGUGAGUAAAGAUCUAGCCCUGCGCUUCGAGGAGGCCUGCGGGCGGCCCAGCGAGGCGGAGAAACUGCAGGAGUUCCACAGGCUUCUGGGGGAGGUGCCCUCGGGGAGCAGACUCCUCCUGGCCUGGCUUGUCACCCACAUGGACCAUGUCAUCACCCAUGAGGCCGACACCAAGAUGAACAUCCAGAACAUCUCCAUUGUGCUCAAUCCUACUGUACAGAUUGGGAACCGAGUGCUGUACGUGUUUUUCACUCACGUCCAUGAGCUCUUCGGUGAUGUGGUUCUUAAGCCGGUGGUUCAUCCUCUGCGCUGGUCCAAUAUGGCCGCCAUGCCCACUCUACCUGAGACCCAGGAGAGCAUUAAAGAGGAGAUUCGCAGACAGGAGUUCCUUUUGAAUCGUCUGCACCGAGAUCUGCAGGCAGGUGUGAAGGAUCUGUCUAAGGAGGAGAGACUCUGGGAGGUGCAGCGAAUCGUUACCGCGCUUAAACGCAAACUACGUGAGGCCAAGAGACAGGAGUGUGAGACUAAAAUCGCACAAGAGAUCGCCAGUCUGUCUAAAGAGGACGUGUCAAAGGAGGAGAUGUCUGAGAAUGAGGAGGAAGUCAUUAUUCUGCUCCUGGCACAGGAGAAUGAGAUUCUAACAGAGCAGGAGGAGUUGAUCUCUCUGGAGCAGGUGCUGCGACGGCAGAUCGCCACAGAGAAAGAGGAGAUUGAGCGACUGCGUGCAGAGAUUGCAGAUAUACAGAGCCGUCAGCAGGGUCGCAGUGAGACGGAGGAAUAUUCAUCAGACAGUGAGAGUGAGAGUGAAGAUGAGGAAGAGCUGCAGAUGAUUCUAGAAGAUCUGCAAAAACAGAAUGAAGAACUCGAGAAUAAAAACACUCAUCUGAAUCAGGCCAUUCAUGAGGAACAGGAGGCCAUUUUGGAACUGCGUGUUCAGCUCCGCCUCCUCCAGAGUCACAAGGUGCAGCAGGAGCACACGGCUCCGCCCACAGCUGAACAGGCUCCGCCCUCCCAGCCUAGCCCAGAGGAACGAUCUCGAGCGGACGAGCCAAUCAAACACGCCACAGCAGCCGUCAUAGAUACCACUGUUACAGCCGUGGCUGCUCCCGCCAAUGGGAAGCCUGGAAAAGAUGCUAUGAAACCAUCGCCUAACAAAGAGAAGCGAGAGAGCAACCUGUAAACAAUUAGACCAUCAAUAUACCGCUUUAAGGAAUAGUUCACCCAAAAAUGAAAAUUCUCUCAUUAUUCACUCAUUAUGCUGCCUAAAUGUGACUUUUGGACCGUCAAAGUGCUGGCACCUGUGUACUUCCAUUAUAAGGACCUGUCAGAAAUCUAUCUUCUAAAAAUCUUCAUUUGUCUCCUGCUAAAGAAAGACAGUCCUACACAUCUGGGAUGGCAUCAGGGUAAGUGAUAAUGAGAGAAUUUAAAUUUUUGGGUGAACUACUCCUUUAACUACUUUACAUGUAUUUAAGUUUGCUCAUCACUGUGACAUCUCGGGUUAAGGGUCAGAAUAAAGGUUAUGUUUAGAGUUUACCGCCAUUUCUCAAGAUGAAGUGAAAUAAGUUGUAUUACACUGGGAAAUAACUGGAUAGCAAAGAAUUGAACAUGUGUUGGAGGAAUUGUGAAAUGUAAAGGUCAAUGGGUAAAACAGGUGGAGGAUAUGGAAUACAUUUCAGUUCGGUCAUAUUGCGAUUUAAAAUUAAAUUAAUUUGAUUGAAAAAUUUAAAGGGAUAGUUCACCCAAAAAUAAAAAUUCUCUCAUAAUUGACUAAUUUUCAUGUCAUCUCAGAUGUGUAUGUCUUCAGCAGAACACAAAGAAUUUUAGAAGAAUAUCUCAGCUCUGUACGUUCAUACAAAGCAAGUGAAUGUUGGCCAGAACUUUGAAGCACCAAAAAGCACAUAAAGGCAGCAUAAAGUAAUCCAUGAGACUCCAGUUUUUAAAUCCAUGUCUUCAGAAGUGAUAUGAUAGGUGUGGGUGAGAAACGGAUCAAUAUUUAAGUCCUUUUUCACUAUAAAUUCUGCUCCCUGCCCAGUAGGUGGCGAUCUAAAGAAUCUAAACCAACAAAAAAAUGGAUUACUUCUGUGCAGCCUUUAUGUGCUUUUUGGAGCAUCAAAGUUCUGGCCACUAUUCACUUGCUUUGUAUGGACCUACAGAGCUGAGAUGUUCUUCUAAAAGCAGAAGAAUGAAAGACACACACAUCUGGGAUGUCAUGAGGUUGAGCAAAUGAUGAGAGAAUUCUCAUUUUUGGGUGAACUAUCCCUUUAAGCUAUGUGUUAAGUUUAAUCUAAAAUCAAUUGCAACACAAUCAGAUCUUUGUGAGUGCUCGUUGAAUUAAAUGUUGCCCUUUUGACACAAGUCUAAUCUGAAAAGAGGGUAAUUCUGUUCUUUUCCCUAUUUUUUCCAAAAAUAGUUAAAAGUAUUAGUGUUUUUGUUGUUGUUGUUGUUGUUGUUAAAAGCGCUUCAGCUUACGAAUGAAUCUCACAAAACCUGUCAUGAACAUUUUCAGGACAUAUUUCACCCCAAAUUCAAAUGAUAUUUUACUUAAAGAGAAUCCUGUUGUGCAUUGUGAUUGUUUACAUGACAACUAAGCACCUCCUUAUUUAUCAUCACUGCAUUACUGUCUUCAAUCAAUAAUUAUAAUAGAAAAUAUUGUAUUCCAGUCAUCUUUUUUUUAUAAUACAGUGAACAUUUUUAUGUUGAUCAAAUGAAAAUCACCACAAAGAAUAAUAGAAAUGACAAAAAAUAUAAUAAACAAUAUUAAAAUGUCUCAACGCAUUACAGUAAUGAAAGUGCAUUUGCUUUAUUGUCAUAAAAAUGAUGCCUUUUCAUGCUAAAUAAAUCAGAUUGUCCUAAAAAUAGCCGUAAUUUCAAUGAAGCAAAAUAUACUUUAUUUUUUUUUAUUCUUUUCAUUUGGGAUUGAAAUGUUGCCUGGAAUUGUUCUUGAUAUGAUCUGUGAGAUUCCCUCAAACAUAUAAGCAAGGCAAAGCAUUUCAUUAAUGCAAUACUGAAGAAAAAGUAUUAAAAGAUGGUGGUAUGCAUUAUGUUGAAUUGUUUUCAAACCAGAGUGACCGCUUCAUUCGCCACCGUAUGAACAUCCGUUUAUUUUUGUUACAAUGCCAAGAAGUCUUACACAUUUUAGUUUGAUUUGUCAGUAAAUCACAAAGGCGACAUUCACUACAAAAAUCGCAAUCGUUUCAGAAAGGUGGCAUAGCAUGAAGAUGCAUCUUACUGUUAUUAAUAACAAAUGCUACGCGUUUUUAUUCAAUACUUCUCGUUAAAGCCCAAAUUAGAAUAUACACGAGAAGUAGCAUAAAAGUAACUUGCCAAGCUUCAGAAACAUGGUGGUUAGAAAUCGAAGGUUGCUUCGAGUUCUCCUGGUGGAUUUGCCAUCGUUGGUCCAGAUCUAAAUUCGAGAUCAAACCGGACUCAGUCCUGUGAUGAAGUUGUGUGUGUUAUGAAACCACCGUGCCAUACGUAACUGUGUGCAACCACACAGAAGAAUUACUUUGAAGAUGCGGCAGUACAUCUAGGAUGGAUUGUACUUUGACCUAAAGAUAUAAUGAAAAAUUGGGUUUGAACAUGUUUUAGAAAUGUAUCUAUUUAAUAGUCACUAUAUACGUGUGUGUGUGUGUGUGUGUGUGUAUAUACACACACAUCUAUACUGUAACUGCACUAAAUAUGUGCAUAUAUGCACUUAUAGAGCAAGAGAUAGUUUGAUUGCCAUUUGCUGUGGAAUUGGUAACAUUUUUGUCAGUUUCCAUACAUUCAUGUCAUAUACUUGUUUUUUAAAAGUUUAGUAGAUUUUGUGAGACACGAAUGGUGUUUUUGGUUAACGAUGAAGUUUGUUGGGUGUUUUGGGUAGGUUUAAAACAUUUGGUUAAUGUGCUAACCCAGAUGAAUCUCACAAAGAUGUGUUUGGGUCAUAUUUCGCCACAAAGUCAAUAGAAAAAAAAGCCUUUUUGUUGCUAUUUUUAUUUUAAAACAAGACAGUUUUUCCUCAAAUUCUCAAAUGUAAUGCAAAAAAAAAACACAUUAUCUUUACUUUAAUGCAGAAGUGUUUUAUUUUUGUAUUGCUGCAAUACAGUAAUUCAAAUCAUAACUGUCCUGAUUUAUUAUUCAAAAUAAACAGUUUUUGCAUAACAGUAAAGUGAAUGAGAUUUGAUGCACAUUACAUCAGGCUACUGAAAUUGUGCCUAAUUUUUAAAUAAAAAUGUCACAUUUCAAAACAUCUGAAUGGGUUUAUAAAUGAGGCUUUCUUUUGGGGUGAAAUAUGACCUGGACAUUUCCUAGAUUUUUUUUGAGACAUUUGCCCAACGGUUUGCUGUUAUAGAUGUUACAGCGCACAGAUUGAUGUUUUCAUUGAUGGUAAACUUGUACCAGAUUGUUACCAAUUCGUCCCUUUUUUUUUAAUACUGGUAUUUUGUCAUUUUCACUUUAUUUUUGUGAUUGUUUGCGCUUGUUGAAUGCUAGUGUAUUACUGGAACGUUGUGCAUUAUUGUUCCAUUUCAGAUCUAACACCUUUUUACCUGCAUUUAGCUUUUUAUGUGUUUCCCCCAAUCUGUCUUGUCAAGCAGAAGUGAGCAGAAAUACUGUAUUACUCCAAUCCAAUCUUGAUUGUCAUCUCUAUCAUAUGUAAAACGUUUUUUUUCUUUCUUAACGCCUCUGGUAGAACUUAUCUCAAAGGGAUAGGAAGUUGCUCAAAUACUUUUGGAAAUUAUAAUUUUUCAUAUUAUAGACGAAGCCUUUUGUAGCUCAUAAUUGUGAGCUGAAUGCUGCAGUCUAAAAUAAAACAAGUCUGGACAGUUA